GUUAAAUAAUCAUUUAUAGCUUGUUCAAUUUAAAAAUAAACUCGCGUUUCAUGUAUCCAAUAGAUGUGAAGCCAAAACCUGACAUGGCGCUUCAAAGUGGAGAGCAUCGGGGACAAGAGCUCAUAAAUGGAAACUCUGGUAAUGAUCUGGAAGAGCUGGAGGAGGACGAUGACUCCGACUGCAGCAGUCCUCCACUCCCCUACCUACAAGCUCCAGCACCAGAUGGCUGCUGCACGCUCGAUGGGUUCUGCCAAGCUGGAAAGGACCUCCGUCUGGUCACCAUAGCAACAGAGCCCAUUGAAGUCCCAGCAGGCUUCGAGCUGGUCGGUGCCAAGUCCCCCAGCGUCCCUGAGCACAUCCUGGUGUGCGCUGUGGACCGCCGCUUUUUGCCCGACGAGAAUGGGAAAAAUGCACUUUUAGGUUUUUCCGGAAACUGUGUGGGCUGUGGUGAGAAGGGCUUCAGAUACUUCACCGAGUUUUCAAACCACAUCAACCUGAAGCUGUCCACGCAGCCCAAGAAGCAGAAGCACUUAAAAUACUACCUGGUGAAGAACUCGCAGGGUGCUCUGUGCAAAGGACCCCUCAUCUGCUGGAAAGGUUCAGAGCAACUUUGA